GUUUAAGCACUUGAACAUGAUGAGAAAGUUGUAUGUAAUUGUAAUCUACUUGUAAAUCAACCCAUGUGUUUAGAGGUUGGACAAGCGAACAAUCUGAUAUCAUACAAAAAAUUAGAGGUGAGUAUUGGGUGGUUGAACCUACAAACUCACUUGCUACCGAUCCAUCCAUUAUUUUUUGGAUGGAUCCUAUUGGUGGUUGUGACUUGUAAAAUAUGUGGCCUGCUACAGAUUAAGUGGGUGGGUUGAUUGUGGUUGACCAAAAUCUUACCUAAUUCUUAACCUCAAAUCAUAGAAUCUCUAAGUGAUAGCUAUACCGAAACUAAAAGGGUAAAAUUCACAAACAAAAAAAAACCCCUCGAACUUCAAUCUAAAUAUCUUACCAAAUCUCUAGUAUUAAUUUUUCACAUCAAUUUUGAAUGGAUAUCUUUUCAAAGAAAUUGUAAUUGAGGAUAAUUGCAAAAUCUAAUUUGGCUAUUUGGCUAUAUAAUAUCUUCAUUUCCUUCUACAAUUUCAUUAACAAUUUUUGUUGCCGGUAAUUUUUUGUGAUUUCAUAUAAAUGGAAAAUUGACAUGUUUUUUUUCCCUCUCAAAAUGGUAACUUACUAUAUUAUUAUCAUCUCACACGAUCCAAUCAAAACCAUACAUGAUAUCAAACAAAAACCAUAUAAGAUGGACGAAGGAAUCAAUCAUAACAUUGGAGAGACAGAGAGCCAGAGGUCCAUAAGACUCUUAUACGUACUCCAACCCCAUGCAUGCAUCCAACGAACCGCCGCUGCGCGUUUUCAACGUGGUAGGAAAGAGACGUACCCAUUUGCUCCCCAUAGAGCGUAUUGCUUCCCAUAAGAGAGUGUAGAGAGAGAAAGAGAGAGAGAGAGAGAUUAAAAGACGAAGGUUUGCUUCAUCAAAUUGGUCACGAUGUUGCGAGUGGCAGUUGUUGUUGCGGCCUUAAUGAUUCUCCAGGCACGUCCCUCGAUCCAGCACAGGACUGUUUCUAUUGAAAACGAGUUGAGGGAAAGAAAGGUGAUAGUUCACUGUCGAUCCAAAGACGACGACAUUGGAGCCAACAUCGUUGACGUUGGCUCUCGUUUCGAAUUGGGUUUCGCGCCAAACAUUUUUGGGAGGUCGCUCUAUUGGUGCAAGCUGGCAGUGCGAGAUAGGCGACUUACAUUCGACGCAUACGAUGGGAAAGCUGACCACGUCGGCGGUCAUGACGUUAGCUGUCUUGUUAGGGAUGAUGGGAUUCAUCUGGUGGAUCCGGAUGGUACCCUGGUAGAAUCCUUUCACCGGGAGUGGAACCACCCAUAGCUCUAUCUGAGUUGAAGGUUGUCAACCUGUGGGUCGACCACCUGAAUUGAACCUGGAAAAUGGGCUCGCUGCACACCUGCGGGUCGACUCAGAACAAUGUAGGUUCUCUACCUGUAGGUUGCACAACGACGUUUUUCUCUUUGAUUUUGGAAUUACUGUCUCUUUUCUGGUUUUCUCAUUUGCCUAACUUUAUGUUUGGAUUUCUAAAUUCAACUUUUGAAUAUUGGUGAGGUAUAAAUGUGUUGUGAUUUUCACGGUAUGUUGUAUUCAAGUACUAUUUCGAUGUAAUGUUAACGGGCAGCUUGAUUCAUGGAUUUCAACAUUUAAGGUUUUAGGUAGACCAAUGAAGGGUUUUUGUUAAAUCUGGAUUUUGAAAAAUCAUGGAUAUAUUAGGAUUUUGGGUUGUAUAUGGCCUUGACAACACCAUAGUUUGUUUCAUAAAUUUUAGGCCUAAUA